AUGUCGACACUAGUCAUCCACCAGCCAGGAUCGAGAGCUUCUUUGACCCCUCCGCCUGAGACAUCGGCACUGAGUCUUGACACAUCUCGACCUGGCUCUACUCCAAUACCAAACAAACACCUUCCUUAUUGUCCUGCCGGUCCAGCACCCGGAAAAUCGCAACUGGCUUCACCCCCGGCCUCUCCACCAACUAAAAACUCAGGCCUACAGACUUUCUCCUUGCUUCACCCCGCGGACACCUAUCCUCAGAUCAUCGAUAAACCCGCAGUCUUUUCCAUUGAUGCCUUUACUUUAGCCGCAGCGAUCAACGAGCAAGCAACGCAGCUUUUCCCGGAUCCAAAGGUUGCCUUCCCCUGGCUUCAUGGCUUGCACGCCGAAAAUCAGGUUCAGCUGGCUUUUUUCAUUGCCCGUCGUAAAGCUCUACGGAAAACACCGCAAUGUUUUCGAGGUAUCACAGUCGUCAAAGUUGGGGGCGAGCUCACAAAGGCAAGGCUGAAAGGUGCCGUCAGCGCGGACGAGAUAUUGGACCUCAAGAACGGAAAAGAUGCUAGCUUUCUCGAGGUCGACCCGAAGGAUGGUUUCUCGGUCCGGAACUUUCAAAUACAAGCAACGAAGAUGGCCACCGUGUCAGAUAUCGUAUUAUACGGCGACCCUGAGACCGAAGCAGAAGAGAUACACGAUCUGGCGAAGGUUUUCGCGACAGCCCAAAGUACGUGGCAAGUGAAGAAUGGAAGCGGAGAUGAGCAUGUGCCAAUUUUCAAUACUUUCAUAAUGUCUAGUUCGUUCGAAGAAGUCGAGCAAAAUUAUCCGGAUAUCGUGGCUGUGGAUUCCCAGGGACAGACGACAGGCAAAGUGAUGGACUUCUUUCAUUGGGAGCGACAAGAAAUGUGCAACAUGUCGAAAGCUUCGGAAAUUGCUAGAAACGUAUGGCUAGGCCCAACGCCAGACUCGUUGCUCUGCCCUCCAUUAGAAAACGAUGAUGAACCUGCAUUUGACAUACUCGUUGAAGCCAAUGAUCUGGCACAGCCUCCAGAUACUCAUACGCUCAAGCGCAUCGGGGAGCUGAGCUACUCAGCACCACAGCAUCUCGAAUAUCCGUCGUCAGGGAGUAUCAUGCCUCAAGCACAUACCAAAAAGGGAUCCGACCCACUGAAGACCAUGUGCCAAUGGAUCUACAAGCUCGCGAACCCUAACAACACGCCGGAUGCCAGCGAAGAUGAGGAGAAUGACUCAGAUGGAGAUAUUCCAAUGAAGCCGAUCUUUCCUCAACCUCGAAAGUUUCUCAUACAUUGCACAGAUGGCUACACAGAAAGUACGCUCCUUGGCCUCGCAUACUUCAUGUAUGCCGAACAGGUGGCUGUGCAUGAAGCUUGGCUACGUCUGCACUGCGAGAAGAAGCGCAACUUCUUUGCCUAUCCAUCCGAUGUUGCCUUGUUGGCUUCACUGCAACCUCGUCUUGUCCCGACGCUGUCUCUGACUAGAGAUCGCUCUCAAGCCGCACAGGAGGAGCCCGCAUGGAUUUCACGCAUAGAUGGAAGCUUGCCGAGUCGCAUUCUCCCCUACAUGUACCUCGGAAACCUGGGGCAUGCAAAUAAUCCAGAUCUGUUGAAGGAGAUGGGCAUCAAAAGGGUACUGAGCGUCGGGGAGCCUGCGAAUUGGACGAAAGCCCAGAUCGAAGCUUGGGGACAGAAGAGUCUGCUCUUCAUCGACAGGGUACAAGAUAAUGGCGUUGAUCCUUUGAUGAAGGACUUUGAGCGGUGUCUGGACUUCAUUGCCAAAGGCAAGAGCGAUGGAACAGCGACGCUUGUCCAUUGCCGUGUUGGCGUCUCUCGCUCAGCAACGAUCUGCAUAGCAGAGGUGAUGGCGUCACACGGCCUUUCGUUCCCACGGGCCUACUGCUACGUACGCGCACGACGGCUGAACGUCAUCAUUCAGCCACAUCUACGUUUCGCCUACGAGCUGCUGAAAUGGGAUGAAAUCUGCCAGCAAAGAAGAGGCGAGCCAAUCAAACGAGAGCUGGAAUGGGCGACGAUUGCGAGAGAGAUCGCGGCCAUGAACAAGCCAUACUCUUCGAGAUGA